AAGGACAAAAUAACGAGAAAGAGUGUGGAUAUUGAAUUCUCGGAUAUCCUCGGCAUGGCGCUCUCUCGUCUCUCUUUCUGAGCUCUGAAGACAGUCUUUGGUGUCAUAGAUCGAGAAAGAUGGAUGCCGAUAUUCAUAACCCAUCUCAAGGUUACAGAUUCUGUGUUGAUGGAGUGCACGAGACCAACAUUGCUGAAUGGAACAAGAAAAGAAAAUUACAGAGUGAUGAAUUGGAUUUACCAAGACCAAAGCAUAAAUGCUGGCUUGGAAAUUCCUCCUCCGAACAUGCUUCAAUGUUUGAGGAAAAUCGAGCCUUAGAGAGCAUGCAGAUUUAUGUACUUGAAGAUAGAACGGGUGCAGAUAGCUCAGAACCUGAAUCUGCCAAAGACAGCAAUAGUUUUACGGAAGAUUCUAAUACUGCCAUGUCUGUAAAUGAAGAAGGUAAACUUGUCGCUGAUUCUGCAAAGACAUACCUAUAUGGGGGGCCAUCCACUUCUUUGGUUAGUUGGGAUGGCUACAAUGUUAAGGAUAAUCACUGCUCUUUAGAUGUAUCUGCAGAUGAGAAGGGAUGUUCAGGUGAAGCGGACACAUUUGUUGACAAAGAAUGUAAUCCAUCUUAUCAUUAUGCUGAUAUACAGGCUUUAAAGAAUCUUGAGGAGCAGAUUUUAGAAUUAGAAAACCGCAGCAAUCAUGUGUGCCAAGAAUAUGCUGAAGACGUAGAUAUGGAAUUUGAAGAUUUUCUUUUUGCUCAAGGAGGAAAUCGUAACAUGUAUGUCCUUUCAUCUGGAAGAUGGAGUGUAAACCAAGAGGCUCAAUCAAGUACUAGGCCACCAACAAUUGAUCAAGAAUUUGAGCAGUACUUUUCCAUGCUUAUGCUUUAGAAGAGAUUACUCACAAAGGAGGUAGAUGUAUAUAUUUUGUAAAAUGGGUAUUGUAUGUAGUACUUGUUCGAAGAUUUAUGUAGCUUGUUAUUCUAACGACUUCUUAAUAUCUUCCGAAGGUAGUGUGAUGUUGCUUUUUUUAUAGUUCUUCACUUUGUUUACUCUGACCCCCUCUAUAUACUCCCAUGCCACAGACUAUAUAUUUAAAGGGGCCUAGCCUACUGAUUUGUUUUAGAGAACUUAACAUAGGUUUAUUUUAUUAUGUAAGUAAUUAAGCUGCAAAUUGAAUGUUUAGUUAAUCUUAUGAAAGUAUCUUAUCAUCAUCUUAUAAGAUCUUAUUAAUUUAUUCUACUAAAGUUUCGAGGGGAAGGUAAUUUAUUAAAAUAAACUUAUU